AUGACUUAUAGGUACAGUCAAGAAUUAACACUAAACACUUAUGAAAAGCCUCCCCAAAAUCCAGACUGGCUUCAAAAGUAAGAAAAUAUAGAUUUGAUCCUAAAUAAGGUCAAAUAACAGAAUCUCCUUAAAAGAAUUCAAUAUACUAUGAAUGAGUAGAUACAAGUAUUAAAAAUAAUAAAUUCAAGGAAAUUGACCCUUUAUUACUCAGAAGUCAUCGAUUAAACAAAAAAUUAAAAGACUUUGAUCACUAUCAUGAAGAAUAAAUCGAAACAUAUAGAAAGAUUUUACAAUCUGAUAGGGAAUAAAUAACAAAUGCUUUGUCUCAAAGAAGAAGAAUGGGGUCAUUUGUGAAGCAUGUGAGAAGCAUCAGCACAACAGUUUUGAAGCCGUAAUAUUUUUAAUUUUAGUAGUAGACAUAUUUAAAUCAAUAAUAUUGUAAAUCCAUAAAACAAUGAUAAAAAGGUUGAACAUCAAGUUAUUACAAGAUAGAAAAUCAAAUCGAUACAAGAAAAUAGAAAAACAAUUGAUAACUGUUCUAAAAGACUUUAAUAAUUAUUUAAAGAGGACUCAUCGAAUCAAGUUUCCAGAGUCUAGAGCCAUUUGGAACAAAGAUCGAAAAUUAAAAAAAAAUCAAUUGAGUUAAUUCGAAACCUUUAUUGAUUUGAUUUCUAU